AUGAAGGCUACAUUCGCUGUCGUACUUGCCACCCUAGCGGCCUUCGCUGCCGCUGCCCCGUUAAACAUCAACCUUGGAGCUUAUUCGCCUGCCUUGGUGGUCGGUGAUGGUGCUAUCGGAUUCAACGGUGCCGAAGGAGAAGCCGCCAGGAAUGGUGCCGCAUUUGAUACCCCUGUUAUAACUUAUAACAGAUGGCGUAUCAUGAAUUUGAUGAUGCGCCAAAACAUUCGGGGCUUUAGUAUCACCAUCGAUAUCUAUAAUAAAGUACUUAUUGUCUAG